AUGGACGAGCCCCUCGAAGUAGGCGCGACCUUCCCAGCCCCUCCAAACCUCUACAAACGGUAUACAGUCCCCAACCUCUCCCUCCUCAAGAAGCUUCAUGUGCACGGCCCUUCCGCGCUCGAAGACGAGCCAGACGUUCCAGAAUGGCUGAGCGAGUUGGACCCGCCUAGGGUGGACUGGGUGGUCGAGGAAGGGGGAUAUCACAGUUUUGGCGAGUUUUGGCCUAUCCCGAGUCGUGAGCCUACGCUAGCAGAAGUAGGCCUCGUCCAGCUAUACGACCCCCAAGCGCGAGACCUGCGCCCCGCUCUACACUCCCUCCUCCGCACCCUACUGCACAGCUACCACACCCUCCUCUCCACCCUUCUCUCCGGCCCCCAAACCCACCUCGGAAACUUAGAAGCCCAAGCCCAAGCCCAAGCCCAAGCCCUCGACAGCCCUGUGUUCAUGUACACCGAAUGGAUGCGCGCCGCGGGGGUGAAUAUGAUGCAUGCUGUGAACAGGCUGAGGGGGAUGCAGGCCAGGGUGGGGCUGGAGGGGGUCAUGAGAGCUAGGGUGGAGGAGAGAAGGAGGAAGGUGAGGGAGAUCAGGGGGAAAUGUAAAUCCAUAGAAGAAGAGCUCCAAAAGCUGCGAGAUCGCGCCAGGAGACUAACCGCAGCCCGCGACCAACUGGUGCUCCACACAGCCGAAGCCGAAGAAGAGCCUUCCAAGGAACCAGCAACGAUAGCUCAUGUCGCGGAGUGGGUUGCUCAAGUCUGAUCUUUCCGUAUGUAUUACAUAUACCCAGGCAUCUUAUACCCUUCUUUUCCCCUCCCUGGCAUGUACUGUUCCACCAAAAGC